AUGCUGUCGGGACGGGUCGGGUCCGGGUUCAGAUGCUGUCGGGACGGGUCGGGUCCGGGUUCAGAUGCUGUCGGGUCGGGCUCGGGCCAGCAUUCUGAUAGUCUGAUCGGAAAUAAUCGUCGAUUUCGUUUAAAUGGUAUAAAACCAUCAUAUCGGUUGCCUGGAAAACAUAAUCUUCGAAAAAACUUUACUCAUAUUCUUAAAUAUAGUCCAGAUCAAUUACCAUCCAAGGCUGAUUUAAGACCCGAAUUAACACCGGUUGAAGAUCAGUCACAAAUUGGAAGUUGUUCAGCAAAUUGUCUUGCUGGUGCUUAUGAAUUUCUUAUUAAAAAGCAUACAGGUCAAAAUAAAGAUGUCAGUCGUUUGUUUAUGUACUAUAAUGGUCGUGUGAAAGAAAACGAUGGCACUGAUAGUCAAAUCACGGAUUCUGGGUGUAGUAUGACAUCGGCUAUUGAAGCAUUGGAAGAAUAUGGUGCUUGUCAAGAAUCUUUAUGGCCAUACGAUAUAGCGAAGGUUAAUGUAAAACCAAUUCCCGACGCUUAUAAUGAGGCAAAACGAUUUACCAUUGACGAAGCUUUACAAAUUAAUAUUAAUCUUUAUGAAAUGAAAUCCUGUAUUGCUCAAGGAUUUCCAUUUGCAUUUGGUAUGAAAUUAUUUGAAUCAUUUGACAAAGCAGCUGACUCGGGAGUUGUGCCAAUGCCAAAUGCUUCGGAAAGGAGUCGUCAAUCACAUGGAAGUCAUGCAUUAUUGGCCGUUGGCUUUAGUGAUACAUCACAAUCUUUUAUUGUGCGUAAUUCAUGGGGUGAGAAUUGGGGAGAUCGUGGAUAUUGCUAUAUUCCAUAUGAUUAUUUAACUAAUAGUGAACUGUGUUUUGAUGCAUGGGCAAUUAGAAAAAUAGCGGAUUAUGAUUUUGGUUCUGAUCAUUGGGAUAAUGAAGAUUCAACUGAUUAUAGUCAAGCUAAUAAUUGGAAUGAUAACGACUACGAUGACGACGAUGGCGAUGGAAGAAUCAUUGAACAGUUCGAAGACGAUGAUGACGACAACAAUCAAUCGUCUAGAUAUUCUGAUAAUUAUAACAAUGAUUUUGAUACGGAUAGAUAUCAACAAAAGGGUUAUAAUAAUGAUAAUCGUGGAUAUCAACAGAACGAUUAUUAUAAUGAUAAUCGUGGAUAUGAACAGAAUGAUUAUUAUAAUGAUAAUAGUGGAUAUCAACAAAAUGAUUAUUAUAAUGAUAAUCGUAGAUAUCAACAGAAUGAUUAUUAUAAUGAUAAUAGUGGAUAUCCACAACAACAGACAAAUUAUGAUAAUUAUAACGAUCAAUAUAGAGAUAACCAAUAUUACGAUGACAAUAACAGUAACUGGCAAAAUAAUAAUGAUUUUAGUGGUGGAUAUAGCGGUGGAAACUAUGGAAACGACUAUGGAACAGGAUUUGGAUAUUAUAAUAGCCAAUUUUAUCGUUAA